AUGGCUCUCAUCGACUACGCCCAAGCGGCGUACCUGGCGUUCGUGGCGUUGCUGUUGGCCCAGCAGAUCCUGCUUGUCGUCGGCAUCCCCUUCGUGUUCAACCUCCUCUGGCAGCUCAACACGUCGCUCCGCCGAGACCGCGUCCCUAUGGUGUUCCACUGGAUCCCCUGGUUCGGCUCCGCCAUCCCCUAUGGGAUGAACCCCUACGGGUUCUUCGAAGACUGUCGCCAGAAGUACGGUGACGUGUUUUCGUUCGUGUUGUUGGGGAGAGUGAUGACGGUAUACUUGGGUCCUAAAGGCCACGAGUUCGUGCUUAACCUGAAACUCCAAGACGUCAGUGCCGAAGAAGCUUAUACCCACUUGACGACCCCUGUGUUUGGUAAAGGUGUCGUGUAUGACUGCCCCAACCACAGAUUAAUGGAACAAAAGAAGUUCGCUAAGUUUGCCCUUACCACCGACUCUUUCCGUCGCUACGUGCCUCAAAUUAGGGAGGAAGUGUUGCUGUACUUUAUUAAAGCUCCUUUUUUCAACAUGAAACUGAAGGACCACGGCGAAGCCAACGUGAUGCAAUCGCAACCGGAAAUCACCAUCUUCACCGCGCUGAGACUGUUGCUCGGGAAGGAGAUGCGCGAACGCUUCGACGAACUGUUUGCCCAAUUAUACCUGGACCUCGACAAGGGUUUUACCCCCAUCAACUUCGUGUUCCCCAACUUGCCAUUGCCGAUGUACUGGAAGCGUGAUGCUGCUCAACAGAAGAUUUCUAGCACUUAUAUGAGUCUUAUCACCAAGCGUCGUCAAACCGGCGACAUCGACCCCAAGCGUGACUUGAUCGACUCGUUAAUGACCCACUCCACCUACAAGGACGGCGUUAAGAUGCUGGACCAGGAGAUCGCCAACUUGCUCAUCGGGGUGCUCAUGGGCGGCCAACACACGUCGGCGGCGACGCUGGCGUGGUUUUUGCUCCACUUGGGUGAACAGCCCCAUCUUCAGGAAGAAUUGUACCAGGAAGUGACCUCGGUGCUUGCCGAAAACGGCGGCAAUUUCAACGACUUGCUGUACGAAGACUUGCAAAAGAUGCCUUUGGUCAACAACACUAUCAAGGAGACCCUCAGAAUGCACAUGCCGUUGCACCUGAUCUUCCGUAAAGUGAUGAACCCCCUCGUGGUCCCCGGCACCACUUACGUCGUGCCCAAGGGCCAUCACGUGCUUGUGUCGCCUGGCUACGCCAUGCUUAGCGAACGCUACUUCCCUAACGCCGACAAGUUUGACCCUCACCGGUGGGACGACACCAAGGUUCGUGACGACAACGACGAGCUGGUCGACUACGGGUUUGGCGCCAUCUCCAAGGGGGUGCUGUCGCCGUACUUGCCCUUCGGCGGUGGCAGACACCGCUGUAUCGGUGAGCAGUUUGCCUACGUGCAAUUGGGGACGAUCUUGGCCACUUACGUCUACAACCUCAAGUGGACGUUGAAGGACGGCAAGAUGCCCGGUGUCGACUACGCGUCGAUGGUGACGUUGCCGUUGGAGCCCGCCGACAUCUUGUGGGAAAAGCGGGAAACCUGCGUGCUCUAA